GUAGUGUCUGUCCCUGGCACCUUCUGCAUCGACGAGAUGAAUCCAAUGAACGGUCCAGCUGGCGCGUCCUCCAUUUGGCAGGAGGCGCGCAACUCCGACGGAAGAGUUUAUUACUACAAUGUUCAAACGAAGGCGACGCAAUGGGCAAAGCCCAUCGAGCUGAUGACGCCGGUUGAGCGCGCUUUGGCAAACCAGCCAUGGAAGGAAUAUACUGCUGAGGGUGGUCGGAAAUACUGGUACAACACCGAAAGCAAGCAAAGCACUUGGGAGAUGCCAGAUGUUUACAAGAAUGCUCUGGCACAGGCUCAGGCCCCUCAGCCCCCUCCGGCAGCGGCUCCAACUUUCGUUGCAGGAGGUGUUAGCUCGCUUUCCUCUUACCCACAGCAGCGGGACCGCGAUGACUUUGAUCGAGGCUAUGGCGACCGACGCGGUGGGUAUAAUUCGAUGGAUUCCAAUGGUAUCGCGGCGGCUUCUCUCUUAGGCACCCAGCAAGCCGAGCCCGAAUACGGCUCUCUCGAAGAGGCAGAAAACGCGUUCAUGAAGAUGCUGAAGCGCCACAACGUUCAGCCCGACUGGAGCUGGGAGCAAACCAUGCGUGAAACCAUCAAAGACCCUCAGUAUCGUGCCCUGAAAGACCCCAGAGACCGCAAGGCAGCAUUUGAGAAAUUUGCGGUCGAGGUUCGCAUGCAGGAAAAGGAUCGGGCGAAAGAAAGAUUCGCUAAGCUCCGAGCAGAUUUCAAUACCAUGCUGAAGCGCCAUCCUGAGAUUAAGCAUUACAGUCGCUGGAAGACCAUCCGACCGAUCAUCGAGGGCGAAACCAUCUUCAGGUCUACGGACGAUGAGAGUGAGAGGCGCCAGCUCUUCGAGGAAUAUAUUGUCGAGCUCAAGAAGGAGCACGUCGAGGUGGAAGCGGUCAAGCGUAAAGCCGCCAUGGAUGAGCUAGUGACUAUCUUAAAAUCCCUGAACCUGGAACCUUACACACGCUGGUCUGAAGCACAGGCGAUCAUUCAGUCGAAUGACAAGGUCCAGAGCGAUGAUAAGUUCAGAACCCUUAGCAAGUCUGACAUUUUGACUGCCUUUGAGAACCACAUCAAGACCCUUGAGAGGGCAUUCAACGAUGCCCGUCAACAGCAAAAAGCAGCAAAGGCGAGAAAGGAGCGCCAUGCUCGCGAGCAUUUCACCGAGCUUCUGAAGGAAUUGAGAUCACAGGGCAAGAUUAAAGCCGGAAGCAAAUGGAUGAACAUCUACCCGUUGAUCCACGAAGAUCCCCGAUACAUCGGCAUCCUGGGUAACUCCGGAUCAUCUCCUCUGGAUCUGUUCUGGGAUGUAGUUGAGGAAGAAGAACGGGCGUUGCGUGGUCCGCGUAACGAUAUCUUGGAUGUGCUUGAUGACAAACGCUUCGAGGUUACAACCAAGACCACCUUCGAAGAAUUCAACGAAGUUGUGUCUGGUGAUCGCCGCACAACCAAUAUUGAUCCAGAGAUUCUCCAGCUAAUCUUCCAGCGUAUCCAGGAGAAGGCGCUCCGACGAAGUGAGGAAGAGAAGCAUGCCGCGGAUCGCCAUCAACGACGCGCUAUAGAUGCCUUGCGUUCCCGGAUCAAACGCCUCGAUCCUCCUGUCCAUCCAACUGAUACUUGGGAACAGGUGCGGCCCAGAAUUGAAAGAUUCGACGAGUACAAGUCUCUAGAGACCGAUGAGCUCCGACAGGCCGCCUUUGACAAGGUCCUUCGACGCCUGAAGGAGAAAGAGGAGGACGCGGAGAAGGACCGCGAGGCCCGUGACAGAGAUCGCGGGAACCGUCGGGAUCACCACGAUCGUGACCGUGAUCAUCGCAGCGGGCUGUCCUACAGAGGCGAAAGAAGAGGAACGUCAAGCCGCCAGAGCCGUACGCCAGAGCCGGAUGCCUACGAGGCAGACCGUCGCAAAGCCCAGGCGGACCGUGAAAGAUCCUAUCGGAAGGCCAGUGGCCUAUCGCCUGUCCGAGAAAGGCGGGAGGAGCGUGAUCGUGACCGGGACCGUUACCGUGAGCGUGAACGGGAUCGGGACCGCGAUCGCGACUGGGACCGAGAUCGCAGUGCCCGUCCUCUCAGCCAUUACGAACGCGAGCGUCGGGAGCGUGAGGAAGAGCGUGAACGUCUCUACCGUACUCGUGGUGAUCCCCGUGGAGGUCGGGAUGAGCUGGAUUAUGGUGCUGACACCCGCAGCACCACAAGCAACGAUCGUAGGCGUAGGCGCGACAGCGACACGGAAAGCGUUGCCAGUCGCUCUGCGAAGCGAUACCGACGCGAUAGUCGGGAGCGGGAGCGCAGCAGGGGUGCCAGGCGAGACCGGGAGCGUCGCGAACGCACUCCAGCAGCAGCGGAUGAGUCCAAGAAAGAAGAGAAGGCUGUCCACUCCGGCAGCGAGGAGGGAGAGAUUGAAGAAGAUUAGGUGCAUAGUGAUACCAGUAUUGGCAGACAUCACAUAGGUAGAUGCCAAUGAACGCCAACUCUACGCCGUACUCCACACCCUAUACUAUGAACAUAUCUAGUUUUAUAUACCUAUCGCGUUGACAAC